UUUUUCAGUGUUGCUGCAUUAGUGCGUUAAUUCAGUUACAACCAUAUCCAGUAUUCUACAAUCAACAAUGGAUCAAAUGUUUAACCACUUUACAUCAACAUCCAAUGGAAACAGAUUUUCGCUGGAUUUGGAAGAUGGGAUGAGACCACUUCUCACAGGUCAAACGUUUUUAGAUCAUUAUCAUGAUGGAAAAACUGUGGUCAUUCCGGAUUCAUUUUUACCACCCGGUUGGAGUAAACAUGCAUACAGGAAUUUCGGCGCCUGGCUAACCUUUUUGCUCACGCCGGAUGGAUACAGGAUAGAAACCUACGAUGAACUUGAUAAUUAUUACUAUGUCAAAUUUCGUAAAACAAGGCCUACGACACUGGAUUUUUCUCUUGAUGAGGAACUGAUUCCACAGCUUAUUUACAGACAAGAGCACCUAAUGCCAGUUGAACUUUUUCAAUACUGGGAGAUGCAGUACAUCCCGACAGAAAAGGCAAUGCUUAUUUCAAAUAGUCAAGACAGAAAUGAUGACGCAUCGUGUUCACAUUGGCCCAUUUCUUAUCCGAGUUCAGGCAUAUGCGGUGUGGAAAAUGUCUCAAAGAAUACAUCUCCUUCUUGGGAUAUACAAGACGAAGUGGAUCCCUACACGCUGACAGGCAACAUUCUCGAGUCUGACUCAGACGAAUUUCCGAGUUCCGAUUCUGAAGAAAUAUUUGCAACACAGCGUGAACCGGAACGACCAGUCCUAAAGACGAUAGACGAAAAUCAAAAUCCUUCAAACAUGGAUUUGAAUGGGAAAUCCACAAUGCCAAAAUCGCCAAAGUUUGCUCGCGCUGCCAGCGUCCGAUUGAAGGAUUCCGUGGUGAAAAAUAGCCCAGAAACGAUGAAGGAAAUCAAUAAAAUGUAUCAAUUUAUGGGAAACACAAGAAAUAUUCCAAAAGAAAUUUAUUGUCCAUUAUCGAUAGACGCAUCUCGCAAAGGCAACCAAUCGUACAAAUCGGCAUAUAAGGCUCAUACUAGUAUGGCUAGUACUGCUAAAACGGCUAACAUGGCUAGUACGUCUAAUAAACCAUGGUUGAAACUUCCACCGGCAUACCAAGAGUCCUCGUACCAAAAUGAUCAAAUGAACAACAAUAAUAUGACGAAGUUGUCCGACUUGAUUGAAAAGGUUUUCAUAUGCUCAUGUGGCCAGGAGUCGUGCCAUAGCUGGGAGCCAUCUAUUCAGUGUGGGAAGUGUCUCACAUGGCAGCACAUCGAUUGUAUGGCGGAAGAAGGCUUGGCUGUGGACAAUGAUUACAUGUGUUUUAUAUGCGCCAAGAAUGACCAGCAAGAUUCCGACAAUAGUUCACCGGACGAAAAAAGUCUUAAUUCUUCAAAAGAGGCGAAGUUUGUUUACCAGCCGCGUAAGUCGAUAAAUGAAACAAUUCGCGACGAACAUCAGAGUUGCCUGGCUGAAGUAAAAGAUGUCAUUCAAGAGGCUGAAGAAAUAAGACAAAAACUCUCGCACUUACGACAAAUGGUUACAAUGUAUGAGGAAACGGCGUUCCCAAAUGAACUAUUAGGUCUUUCUUGGAGCAACGCCAAAAAUCAAAAAGCUUGGAAACGUCUGAUUACUCUAAAACAACAUUAUGAUCUCACCUACCAGCCAGAGAACCUCACUGCGUACCCAAAUUAUAUCAAGCAUAAUCUUCUUGAUUAUAUUGAAGAACGCAAAAAAGAGAUAGUGAAUGAAGCCAUGGAUCUAAAAUAUGAUCUUGAUGGUUUUGAACCUUACGAAGGAGAAGAUUUCACCCGUCUUCGGGAAUGCAGUCAGAAAAUUAUUUCACGGUUGAAAGAACAUUUGGAGGCCUUAAAAAAUGCUUGUGAUUUAUAAAACUAAUAAAAAGUCCUCCCUGAUUAAUUAGAAAAUUUAGCUGUUCAUUUUUUUUUCUAGUUUUAAUUUACUAUCAUUUGUUAAUUACCAUUAAUAUUAUUUUUGUGACUAGUUUUUUUAAUUAUUGUUUACAAUACAUGCCUUAAUAAUUUAUGUAUUUAAAUGAAAUAAUUAUGUAUUCAGCAAAUUUCAUUUUUUAAAUAGCAUGAUGUAUAAAUGUACUUGGCGUAUCUCUUGCCAAUUGGAUAUUCAUUUAAUUUUGAUUAGUUUGCUAGCUAUUUUAUGCAGUUAUUCCAUCCAUUUUUAAUAAAGUGU